AUGGCGAUCGAUUCUUUAUCCCAAUCGAAUGACAAAUCAGAAUGUGAUGCAUUACAAAAACGUUUAAAAAAAGAAAUAGAAAAUAAAAGGAAAAAAUUAAUAAUGGAUACGGAAAAAUUAAAAAAUUUAACGGAUGAUAAUAAUAAAAGCACAUCAUCGUUCGUACAAAAUAUUUUAUUUGAAGAUUCGGAGGCUGGAGUAACGGUUCUCGAUUUAUUCGUCGCCAUUAAAAAAGCAAAAGAUAAAAUAAACGUUUUAACUAAAAACAAUAACGAUAUCGAUAAAAAAUUAAAUUCGUUAAAAAACGAAGUCGGACACAUGAAAACACGUUGGAUACAAUUAACAGAAGAUUUUAUUAAUUUUUUUGAAAUUAUUCGACAAAAUUUAUAUGAAAAUUCUUGUUUGUACGUCAUUUCCAACGAAGAAAAUUUUCCCGAUAACGUCAUGAUAAAAAAUUCAGAAAAAAAAUCGGAAAAAAAAUUUCAUCCGUGA